AUGUUGCAUGCACACUUGUUCCCUCGCCUGAAUCCGUGUGGCGUCCUUCCCUUUUCCCCUGUUUUCCCCUAUAGCACUAUGGUACCCCAUGGGUGUUUAGGCCUUAGGUAUUCGUGGUAGUUGGAGUAUAAAAAAACCUUAUACGGUUUAAAACUCGGAUUAACAAGGGACCAUUGAGCUCUUUAUAGCACGCGCGUUCACUUCUUAUUUUGGAAAGACCUGAAGAAUCAUGACAAUUCGAGGCUUUCUGCAUCUAACUACUUUUUACGUGGUAGAUGGUCUCUGACUAUCGAACGCGGAGGUACCACCCGGCGGUUCUCGUAGGCGGAGCCAGAAUGUGUGCAUGUUGCAUGCACACGUGUUCCCUCGCCAGAGUCCGUGUG